AGGAGGAGGUCUGUGUCAGUGUGCACAGCUGUCCUUCUCCACCUCACCGAGGAGUCGUGUUAGAUUAAAGCAGAGAUUCACCGGCUGUGUUUAACACUCGUUUUAAAGAAGAAGAGAAUAAAAAUGGACCCGCUGGUUGCUGCUAUUGAUCAGGGCACGAGCUCCACGAGGUUUCUGGUGUUCAACGCAAAAACAGCUGAACUGAUCAGUCACCACCAAGUAGAGAUCAACCAGAGUUUCCCCAAAGAGGGAUGGGUGGAGGAGGACCCGCGGGAGAUCAUGCAGUCUGUUCACGAGUGCAUUGAGAGGACCUGUGAGAAGCUCUGCAAGCUCAACAUCGACGUCUCCAACAUCAAAGCGGUGGGAGUGACCAAUCAGAGAGAGACGACCCUGGUUUGGGACAAAGACACCGGCGAGCCGCUCUACAACGCCAUCGUUUGGCUGGACCUUCGUACUCAGUCGACGGUAGAGAGGCUCAUUAACAAAGCUCCGGGAAGAAACAAGAACCACCUCAGGCAUAAAACAGGCCUUCCCAUCAGCACUUACUUCAGUGCAGUGAAGCUGCGAUGGCUGCUGGACAACGUGGACGAGGUGCAUGAGGCUUUCCUGAGCCAGCGUGCCAUGUUUGGCACGGUGGACUCCUGGAUCAUCUGGUGUCUAACAGGGGGAAAGAACGGCGGGGUCCACUGUACAGACGUUUCAAACGCCAGUCGCACCAUGCUCUUCAACAUUCACACCAUGGACUGGGAUCCUGAACUCUGCAGGUACUUUGACAUCCCGAUGGAAAUCCUGCCCAGCGUCAGAAGCUCGUCUGAGAUAUACGGCUGGAUGAAAUCCGGCUCACUUGCAGGAGUUCCAAUUUCAGGGUGUCUCGGUGACCAGUCGGCUGCUCUGGUUGGUCAGAUGUGCUUCAACGAAGGCCAGGCCAAAAACACGUAUGGGACUGGCUGCUUCCUGCUCAGAAACACAGGCACCAAGCCUGUGAUCUCAGACCACGGCCUGCUCACCACAGUUGCCUACAAACUGGGAAAAGACGAGCCGGCCUGCUAUGCCCUCGAGGGGUCGGUGGCCAUAGCAGGAGCAGUGGUACGGUGGUUGAAGGACAACAUGGGGAUGGUGCAGUCGUCCUCAGAGAUCGAGAAACUGGCAGCGGCAGUAGGAACGUCGUACGGCUGUUACUUCGUGCCAGCUUUUUCGGGGCUCUACGCCCCCUACUGGGAGCCCAGCGCAAGAGGCAUCAUCUGUGGGCUCACACAGUUCACCAACAGGAACCACUUGGCAUUCGCUGCUCUGGAGGCCGUCUGCUUCCAGACCAGAGAGAUUCUUGAUGCAAUGAAUCAGGACAGCGGGGUCCCUCUGACGCAGCUUAAGGUGGACGGAGGGAUGACGUCAAACAGAUUACUGAUGCAGCUGCAGGCCGACAUCCUCUGCAUCCCUGUAGUUCGACCCACCAUGUCCGAGACCACAGCUCUGGGUGUAGCCAUGGCGGCGGGGGCAGCAGAGGGCGUAGGCGUAUGGAGCCUGAGUCCCGGUCAGCUCCCACAUGUCACAUCUGAGAGAUACGAGCCUCAGAUAAACCCUGAGGAGAGCGAGUACCGCUUCGCUCGCUGGAAGAAGGCCGUCCAGAAAGCCAUGAACUGGGAGACCACAGAGCCCUGCUACAACGGCAGCGGUUUAGGAAAGAAUAUGAACGGCGCACCCUGGGGGGUCCAUCCCAGCCCUCCCCCCAGCAGAGUGGACCACUAAGGUCACUCGCAGUAACUUUAAACUGUGUGGAGCCACAUUUUGGGGGGAACAUGAUUGUGGAGUACGGUGAAGACGGGACUGGCGACUGCUCGAUCCAGCCUGCGGUCAUCUUCAGUGACGUGCAGCCUCUCAAAUGCUCUGAACAUCCAGCGAGCUUUUCACGAAGAACGACACCACAUGCAGCCAGGAACAGUUUCUACACCGUCCAGUUAAAACAAACAUGCCUUCAACACAGAGACUGCUGUAACUCCUCACUGCACCCAAAGGGAACACUGGACUUUAUUUUGAAUGUGUUCUGUACAUGAUGUUGAUGUUUAACCCCCAAACACGGAACAGAAGUCACUCAUGGAGGGGACGAGUACUUUUAAGUCAGAAAACCGUCCUUUUAAAAAAGAAAAUUCAUUGUAAUUUACUGCACUUCAUUAACUACAAUCUGAAAGCCAGCCAAUUCUUAACAGCACUUUAUAAUUUAUCCUGUUUGUGGAAAACAUUUUUUUUUAAUCAUUUGAUGUUUUGAAGAAACAGGACUUUGACUCCUUUAUAAUUAAUUAUAACACUUGAUGACCUUUGAAGAUCUGAGCUGUGGCACGAGCCAUAAAUACCUGGAGGAUCAUUUUCCAUGAGACUUAAGCUUGUCUGUGAAAGGGGGAAAACGUGGCGACUGUUAAAUCCUGCUGAUUUAUUACUGCUGUUUGAACCCUUCAUAUUACCAGGAUGCCUCAAAAAGUUGUCCAAGUCAGAAUAAACACAAAAUGUACUUUU